CUAUCACCUCCAUAGCACAAAAUGUCCCAGCCAUCCAAAUCUCAAGCUCCCCAACCUAACGACCCACCCGUCGACUCGCCUACCCCGCAAACCAAUACCUCUCUCCACCGUGCCAAAGUCAACGCCUCCUACUUGUUGUUUGGAUCUGCUGCUGCCGUGGCUCCAGCUAGCUUUGCGACAAGGAGUGCUCUGACUACUACCAGGUAUGCUGCGUGUCUUGGCUGGUGAAAGAAGUCUCAUCGAGUGACGAGUGGAAGGCCCCAAAAAUGUAUCAUCAUGCUGACGGUCAACUAUAGAUAUGCCCUCAAGUACAUAAUCCGCCGUCUUCUUCGCUACACAAAGUACGCCCUCAUAGGUGGUGCUGUUGCCGCCCUUGGAGGUGGUCUCAUCGGCACACUGGGAAGUGGUUUGGCCUUCUUCGCGGCGCCAGGUAUCGGUGUCGGCAUGGGUAUCGGUGUCAUCACUGCAACUGUCAAGUUUGGCUGGCGACACAGAGGGAACCACUUCCGUGGAGGUAUCUGGGACGGUUGGGCGGGUAUGAAGGAGCGUGCUGCUGAGGGGAGAGAUCCAGCGCAAGACGAAGAGAAUGACGCCAAGGGGACAGCAGAGCAAGUCAAGGUGGAAAAUCAGGCAAAGAGGGCCGACGUCUGGAUGAGAGCGUGAUCCGAGUAGUCGUACCGCGGACGUCGCAAGUGUUGUUAGCAUAAGGAGCGUAUCUUCAGGAGGUGUUUGGACCACAAUCGAUGUAAAAGCAUAAUCAUCAA